AUGCUGCAGUGCCAUUUGAAAAGCCUCCAAGCCUUCUGCAGUGAGCUGGGGCCCGAGCCCAGAACUGAUGUGGACGCUUCUUUGGCCUGGACAGCCACUCUGGUGCCAGCCUGUUUAUCACACCACUCCUCCACCGCAGAGGGCAUUCAGGGGGGCCUCCGAGAGAACAAAGGAGAAAUAUGCCUCUGGAUGAGACAUAAGAGGGAGAGGAGCAGGACAAGGAGGAGAAAGAGCAGGUCAAAGAGAAAGGAGCAGAUUAAGGAGAGAAAGGAGCAGGUCAAAGAGGGAGAGGAGCAGGUCAAAGAGAGAGAGGAGCAGGUCAAGGAGAGAGAGGAGCAGGUCAAGGAGAGAGAGGAGCAGGUCAAAGAGGGAGAGGAGCAGGACAAAGAGAGAGGAGCAGGACAAGGAGAGAGAGGAGCAGGUCAAAGAGGGAGAGGAGCAGGACAAGGAGAGAGAGAGGAGCAGGUCAAGGAGAGAGAGGAGCAGGUCAAAGAGAGAGAGGAGCAGGACAAGGAGAGAGAGGAGCAGGUCAAAGAGGGAGAGGAGCAGGUCAAAGAGAGAGAGGAGCAGGUCAAAGAGAGAGAGGAGCAGGACAAGGAGAGAGAGGAGCAGGACAAGGAGAGAGAGGAGCAGGUCAAAGAGAGAGAGGAGCAGGACAAGGAGAGAGAGGAGCAGGUCAAAGAGGGAGAGGAGCAGGUCAAAGAGAGAGAGGAGCAGGUCAAAGAGAGAGAGGAGCAGGACAAGGAGGGAGAGGAGCAGGUCAAGGAGAGAGAGGAGCAGGUCAAAGAGAGAGAGGAGCAGGACAAGGAGAGAGAGGAGCAGGUCAAAGAGGGAGAGGAGCAGGCCAAAGAGAGAGAGGAGCAGGUCAAAGAGAGAGAGGAGCAGGACAAGGAGAGAGAGGAGCAGGACAAGGAGAGAGAGGAGCAGGUCAAAGAGAGAGAGGAGCAGGACAAGGAGAGAGAGGAGCAGGUCAAAGAGGGAGAGGAGCAGGUCAAAGAGAGAGAGGAGCAGGUCAAAGAGAGAGAGGAGCAGGACAAGGAGGGAGAGGAGCAGGACAAGGAGAGAGAGGAGCAGGACAAGGAGGGAGAGGAGCAGGUCAAGGAGAGAGAGGAGCAGGUCAAAGAGAGAGAGGAGCAGGACAAGGAGAGAGAGGAGCAGGUCAAAGAGGGAGAGGAGCAGGUCAAAGAGAGAGAGGAGCAGGUCAAAGAGAGAGAGGAGCAGGACAAGGAGAGAGAGGAGCAGGACAAGGAGAGAGAGGAGCAGGUCAAAGAGAGAGAGGAGCAGGACAAGGAGAGAGAGGAGCAGGUCAAAGAGGGAGAGGAGCAGGUCAAAGAGAGAGAGGAGCAGGUCAAAGAGAGAGAGGAGCAGGACAAGGAGGGAGAGGAGCAGGACAAGGAGAGAGAGGAGCAGGACAAGGAGGGAGAGGAGCAGGUCAAGGAGAGAGAGGAGCAGGACAAGGAGGGAGAGGAGCAGGACAAGGAGAGAGAGGAGCAGGACAAGGAGGGAGAGGAGCAGGACAAGGAGGGAGAGGAGCAGGUCAAGGAGAGAGAGGAGCAGGUCAAAGAGAGAGAGGAGCAGGUCAAAGAGAGAGAGGAGCAGGUCAAGGAGAGAGAGGAGCAGGUCAAAGAGAGAGAGGAGCAGGUCAAGGAGAGAGAGGAGCAGGACAAGGAGAGAGAGGAGCAGGACAAAGAGAGAGAGGAGCAGGACAAGGAGAGAGAGGAGCAGGUCAAAGAGGGAGAGGAGCAGGUCAAAGAGAGAGAGGAGCAGGUCAAAGAGAGAGAGGAGCAGGACAAGGAGGGAGAGGAGCAGGACAAGGAGAGAGAGGAGCAGGACAAGGAGGGAGAGGAGCAGGUCAAGGAGAGAGAGGAGCAGGUCAAAGAGAGAGAGGAGCAGGACAAGGAGAGAGAGGAGCAGGUCAAAGAGGGAGAGGAGCAGGUCAAAGAGAGAGAGGAGCAGGUCAAAGAGAGAGAGGAGCAGGACAAGGAGAGAGAGGAGCAGGACAAGGAGAGAGAGGAGCAGGUCAAAGAGAGAGAGGAGCUGGACAAGGAGAGAGAGGAGCAGGUCAAAGAGGGAGAGGAGCAGGUCAAAGAGAGAGAGGAGCAGGUCAAAGAGAGAGAGGAGCAGGACAAGGAGGGAGAGGAGCAGGACAAGGAGAGAGAGGAGCAGGACAAGGAGGGAGAGGAUCAGGUCAAGGAGAGAGAGGAGCAGGACAAGGAGGGAGAGGAGCAGGACAAGGAGAGAGAGGAGCAGGACAAGGAGGGAGAGGAGCAGGACAAGGAGGGAGAGGAGCAGGUCAAGGAGGGAGAGGAGCAGGUCAAGGAGAGAGAGGAGCAGGUCAAAGAGAGAGAGGAGCAGGUCAAAGAGAGAGAGGAGCAGGUCAAGGAGAGAGAGGAGCAGGUCAAAGAGAGAGAGGAGCAGGUCAAGGAGAGAGAGGAGCAGGUCAAAGAGAGAGAGGAGCAGGUCAAGGAGAGAGAGGAGCAGGUCAAAGAGAGAGAGGAGCAGGUCAAGGAGAGAGUAGUGUUGUUUAACUAUGAACAAUAUUGCCUGUGA